AUGUUCCAGACUUGUACUGACGAAUGUGUUGAAGACAGCCCUGAGUCGGCCCGGCCCCCCACGGAGGACUUUCUCGCCGGCGACGUAUGUUACGUCCACGAGUCUGUCGAGGCUCCGUUUCACGACCUCCUGAUAUCUUCUGGGAUGGAGGCAGUGGAGGUCCCCUCGGAAAUCGUCCAGAAGGCUCGUAAGCUCCAAGUCAAGAUGUACGCGCGCGACUCUCUGCCAGGACGUCCUUGCGUCGUCAUGCCUAAACGUGGUCUCUCCAAGGCUUCAGACACGACCGACCGCAUCUGUCUUAUGGCCUCAUUUUGGAAAACAGAUGAUGUGUUUUCAAAAAUAGACGCAGGGGAGAUCGCUGCAAUCUUCUCGAUCUGGUGUCUUCCCGUGUUCUAUUCCUCAGAGCACAAGAUCCCUAUCCCUCACGCAAGCAGGUUUGCUCCGCAGGGCCAUGUUCAUAUGCUGUCCGGAUCCACUCUGCGUCAGUCACGCGUCAUUCUGCGGUCUUUUCGGAGCAAAAACAAGCUUGAACAUCAUCUUUGGAAGAAGCCCGGACAUCAGCGCUUUUCGAAACAACAGCUCGGUCGCUUGAUGGACGAAGAAGCGGCCGCAUGGCGGAGGUGGAGCGAGAGAGAUAUGAAAGUGAUUUCUGCCGAGGCCCAGGCUUUUCAGUCUCAUAAAUACGAUCAAGGUACCCCAUAUCCGAGCACGGUAUCAACGAAGACUUCUCGCUCAUUGCUCUCGAGCCCUUCGGAAGGUCCAAACUCUCCGUCCGGACAGACUCGUCCGCCCUUCCCACGUGGUUCUCCCCUCAAGCGUUCCGUGCAACCCCUUCCCGAGGUACCCCGUCUCUCCUGUCAGAUCAACACAUCGAGUGCUUACGCGCCCGCCCCUCGCACGAAGACAACUUCGGAAGAUGAGCCCGGCGAGCCCGAGCCCGAUCCCGAGCCCAUGCAGAUAGACAGAACUUCGGCCUCCGUUGCCGGUGCCUCUACCGAGAACGCAGGCCAGGCGAGCACCCCAAGCCCGACUGAUAUCGUGACAUCGGACGGAGAACGUGGAACGUUUGGGAAGCUCAUCGAUAGCGGCAGGGCGCUCGUGCAGAACAUGGGAUCUAGAAGGCGGAGACGGUAUCACUCGAAGAAGGCAAACAAGAAGAAUAUCGAAACGACGCAGGUCGGUGGGGGUGUACAUAUACUCGCAAUGGCUCAACAGAAACAAUUCUGCCCUAUGACACACAUGUACGCUGCCGUGGAGAUCGACCCCGUCGCCACAGUUGAUCACCUCAACGAUCCCUUGGCGACUGCCGCGGCCAGUCGUCUGAAGCCCAAGACAUAUCUCGCCUACAUAAGCGAGCCAGUGGGCAUCCCAGGUCUUUUCAGUGACUACUACUACGUACUCGACAUCAUCGGCACAACCCUCCCACCGCACGAAGAGGAAGAAGGCUUUGAGCCCGAAAUGAUGAUGGUUCGUGUACAACCGCGGGACAUCGGCUGGGACGUCGAUGACGGCUGGAUGCUACUCCCAAGUUCGUCGUUCACGAUGAAAAUGCAUUGGUAUGCAGAUCAGUGCAAAGUCAAUAGCACCUAUGCGCGUCGGGUCGAGGCGGCGAAGAUUUCAAAGAGCACCCUUCGUAUUGAUCCUGCCGUGAGUACGACGUCGGCCUCUACCGAGUCUUCAACUCCACUCACCUCCCUCACCUCCUCUCCGACGAUUCCACCCCAACCACUGGCUCCGUCCGAGUACCUGGCCGAAGACCUUCUGAUGCCAACGAUAAGUGGGAUUUCGGAGUACAAUCCGGUGGUCAAGGUCGCUUACGAUCUCCCCGAGCACCUGCCAGAGGAAGACCACAUUCCUUACCCAAACGAGAUGUUUCUUGAACGGGGAGUUCUUGCCAAAAUUAUACAGGAUUCCAACAUUCGCAACGGCACGGAUGAAGCAGAGUCUGGUGGGUCGCGUCCAUCUCUCUCAUCAACCUCGAGCUUCGCAUGCUGA